GAAAAGAACACUCUCUCUAUUGACAAAGAUCAUAAAGAACUCAGAAGCUUCCACUCUUAAAAUGGCAACUUUCUCUUAUUUCCAAAACUACCCUCAUUCUCUUCUUGACCCUAUUCUCUUCCCUACACCCCCUAACUCCUCUAUUGGUCUCACUGGUUUCAUCGAUCAGAAUGUUCUCCAUUCACUGCCAGACGUUUCGAAAAUUGAAGACACUUCCGCGAACCCUUUUCUUGAUGAGUAUUAUAAUGUUGACAAAACCGAAAGCUAUGGUUUCAAGAAACAGGCCAACACCAACAAAACAACAACCACCGGUUCUUCUUCUUGCGACCAGCUGAGCCAAGGACCAGCGACCACGGCCAUUAACGGUAAAAACCGUCGGAGAAAGAUCAGAAACGUUUCUAGCUCAAAGGAAGGAGUAGAGGGAAGAAAAACCAAAAAGCCGAGAAUAAAUGAUUCCCCAACCAACGUCAAAGAGAAGAAGGGAAGCAAAGAAGAGCCUCAAAAAGAUUACAUUCACGUUCGAGCUAGAAGAGGCCAAGCUACUGAUAGCCACAGCCUUGCUGAGAGGGUGAGAAGGGAAAAGAUAAGUGAGCGGAUGAGGAUACUUCAAAAGCUAGUCCCGGGCUGUGAUAAGGUAACAGGAAAGGCCCUCAUGUUGGAUGAGAUUAUAAAUUAUGUUCAGACCUUGCAGAAUCAAGUUGAGUUUCUGUCGAUGAAGCUAGCCUCUACAAGUCCGGUGGUCUAUGACUUUGGCUCCGACCUUGACGGCCUCAUACUUAGAUCCGAGAUGGGAUCACCAGAAGUAGUAACGUCUUAUACGAAUACAAUGCCAACAACUACACCUAUCUUCCCUUCAUUGUUGGAUAACUCUAUCGUACAUACACAUGCACAGCUCCAGGAAGAGGGAGGAGAAGAAAGAGACGAGUUUGUAGACAGAAGUGGGUUCAACGACAACAGCUUCUGUUCUUUCCCUUGAUUUAUUAUUACAUGUCGAGUCCACGACACACAAAACACAAAAGCCUGCUUUCGUUUGGUUUAAUCUCCUCCCUAUAUGCACGGAGCUAGGGAAUAAAAUCUACGUAAACCAGAUGGAUGGAUGCAUGGUAGUCAAAGUGGAUGUAUGUAAUUAUUUGUUCCUUUUUUUUAUAGAGAGUUUAAAGAAAAUAAAAGUACUUAAUUAUAUUAGAGAUUAAAUGCUCAUGUUUUUCCCUAUUUGGCCCGAGAGUUUGAACAUUAAUCAUUCUUUAAAGCAAUGGAUAAAGAGAAUGAUGAUGAGGCAGAGGCAAAUGUAAUGCUGUAAACGAAGAAGACCUCUCACAUAAUUUAAUUUUCA